AUGCAAGCGUAUUUCAGAACUAGAUCUUCUUUUGAAUUCCUGCUGGGAACGAAGUUGCAUCCGACUUGCGGAGCACCACUGAGAGCGGCGACCUCAUUUCUUCUCCUCCAAAUGAUGCUUGAGAAGGCUUUGAACAGCUUUGUUCCUAGGACAACAGUAUCAUUCUUUGGGUAAGUCCUUUCUCCAGUGAUCAUCAUCAUCUUCCCGUUCAAAUAGUCUAGGGCCCUCUGCUGCAGCUCCUUAUUCCAAUCUAAUUUUCUAUUGUGUUGUCUGUUGAGCUGUACAAAAGCUGAUCUGCAGGAAUAAUGA